CCCAGUGGCAGCAGCGGGAGCUUCAGAGCACCAGUUCAGACAUUGGUCUAUUAAAAAUGGGACCUAGGGAUUCUGCCUCGUAAGCCCCAUUUUCUGUCUUGGGAGGUGAGGACAGACAGCUGCUACUUCCUCGGGCGUGGAAAGGAAAUGGGAUGGCGUUUGUACAGCUCUUGCAAGUGUUAUACUGUAUACAGUAGGUGUUACAGGUCGUCGUGGAGCUGGCGUGUCUCCAUAGGUUCUCUGAAGGGGAAGGGGCUGUGCUCCAGGCCAAGCCGUGUGUGGUGAAUGUCACGCUAGCUGCCCCUCCCUGUUUGUGUAGCUAUUUACCGAGUGAUUACUAUUACACAUAUUGAAGGCUGUCUCCUGAUUUAUUCUCCAGUCACUGGACAGGGUCAUCGUACACUGCACGUCAAGUACAGACCCCCUGCUGUGCACAUGGCCAGCUUGACGUUCCCUGCCCUGUGCAGUGCUGUGGUCAGCAGGCCAGGCCGGUGCUGGAGAGACUUCGUGGAGCUCUGCGUGGCCGGCAGGGUCUGGGCUCCAGUGGAUCAAGCAGCUGCAGCCUCACCUGUUCAUAACAUGUGGCUGGCUAUCAGCCUUCUGGCCCCUGCAGCUGCUGGCUUUGGGAGCACCUCAUCCACAUCCCUCCUUUUUCCCUUCAGCAGGCUGCCUUAGGGUGACUCUGUCCUGCUUCUCUGCUGGCCUGUGCACCCUGCACAGAGACAGGCUGGACAGCCCAUCCUUGGACAUUUGUUGAGAACUCAGGUUAGAACAUGGUAUGUGGUCAGAGUUCAGGAACGUCCCGUGGAUGGUAGGAAAGGAUCCGAGCCCUGUGUGCCCAUGAGAUGAGGCGUGGUUAGCCGAGCCCUCUUUUGUCCUAGAGGUUCUGUCCCGCGCACACCUCCUGGGAUGUGGGACAGCCUGUUUGUAGCAGCGCCUCUGCCGGACAUUCAUGGAGCUGCACCAGUUUUCUCGUCAGUGUAGCUUCACCCUUCUUGACUUUCUUUUUUUUUCUCCUCUCCUAGAUUGGGAUUCAUUCGCUGGGUUUCCAUAGUGGCUGCUCUGGAUGUUUUAACACACAGAAUUCACUUAUCAGAAUCUAAACUUAACCAUUAUUUUUACUGUUCUCCAUACAAUUCAGAGACCUUAGAACACUGUGAGUGUGGUGAUUUCCAUCUGCCCUAGGCCUGACCCCUCGGUGCCCCACCUCAUCCCUGGUUCAGCUGGUGCCUGUGGCCUCCGCCCUGGUCUGUCGGGCUUUCUGUCCUCCACUGCUGCUUUCAAGCUGCACCGAUCCUCCAGGUCUGCUGCUGGCCAGGCCCUCAGAUGCACGUUCCUGGUUUUCCUUAGUGUUUGCCCUCUGAGGUUCUGAACUAUCUUCCCAACUCAUCAAUAGACAUAACAUUUUUUGAAAAUAGUUUAAAACUCUCAUAUUGUUUAUUCUUUCUUAGAGGGCUGGUCAAAGCUAUGUCAUCAUUAUUGUGACAGAAGUGGACCUGUUUACACCCAUGGGUUUGUCUCCAGCAGGUGCUGCAAGCCAACACUGCUGCUCCCAGUCCUCCCUGCAUCUGGCCACGCUCGGCCCUUCCUAGAAGUUGCUGGCCUUUCUGUUACUGGGACUUGGAAGAAAAAAAGCCUGUGACAGACAGAGUUGGUGAAAUGUUUCUUGGAUUUAUCAAGAGUUUUGAGGAAACUCUGGCAACUAACUGGAAGGGACUCCCCCAGAGGCAGUGGAAGCCCCUCACAGACCAUUGCUGACAGAGGGUGCCGCCCCCCGAGGCCCUACUGUGCCCAGGAUCCUGUGCAGACCCAGCAGUCCCUGACCCGGCUUGUUUUCAGGGCGGCACCUUCCUGAGUGAUGCUGGACGGGGCAUCCCAAUGAUCUGCUGAGACUGUCCACCUGGGUCCUCAGGAAAAGGCUGCAAUGUCCCAGACACAGGAUUACGAAUGUGAAAGCCAUAAUGCUGGUGUGCAAGAGCCUCGGAUUUCAGGGUCGGGCACAAGGCUGGAGUGGGUGGAGAUCAUCGAGCCACGCACCCGGGAGCGCAUGUACGCCAACCUGGUCACGGGCGAGUGCGUGUGGGACCCGCCCGCGGGCGUCCGCAUCAAGCGCACCGGCGAGAACCAGUGGUGGGAGCUCUUCGAUCCCAACACGUCGCGCUUCUACUACUACAGCGCCACCACCCAGCGCACCGUGUGGCACCGGCCGCAGGGCUGCGACAUCAUCCCGCUGGCCAAGCUGCAGACCCUGAAGCAGAACACGGAGUCCCCGCGGGCCUCUGCGGACAGCAGCCCCGCAGUCAGGUCCUUUUUCAUUUUGCUGUAUUUCAGCCCUUCCCCACCAGGAGUCUUCCUCGAGAAGGACUGUGAGACCUCCCGGGAUGACAGUGCAGAUGGCCAUCUUCUUCACUGCAGGACCUCCUCCCUCCGGUGGAACUCAGGCACCAAGGAGCGCAUGCUCAUCAAAGUUGCUGACCGGGAGCCCAGCUUCCUCUCCCCCCAGGGCAAUGGGUACCUCCUGGACAGCCAGCCUGGGGGCCACACCCGCAGAACCUCGGGUGGGCAGCACGCACCCAGCCUACAGACCUUUGCCCCCGACAUAGACAGCUCUGUCUUCUUCGCUGAGCGGAGGCCCUCGCCCUUCCUGAGGAGGUCAGCGCUGGGGAGCUGUUCCCCACUGCUGGCCCAGCCCCGCAAGCCUGCCUGCGACUCACAGCCCUCCUCCCCACGCUAUGCUUAUGAGCCCCCGCUCUAUGAGGAGCCCCCCAUCGAGUACCAAGCCCCCAUCUACGAUGAGCCCCCCAUGGAUGUGCAGUAUGAGGCCAGUGGAGCCUGCCAGGGUGGCUCACCCCAGCGGUCUCCAGGCCGUAAGCCAGUGCCCUUCCCACAGUCGCCCAAGCAGGCCUCUGCCUCGCCCUUCCAGCAGCUGGUGCUCACCCGGCAGAAGUGCCCAGAUCGCUUCCUAAGCCUGGAGUACAGCCCCGCAGGCAAGGAAUAUGUGCGGCAGCUGGUGUAUGUGGAGCAGGCCAGCUCGAGCCCCAGGCUGCGGUCAGGCCCUCGGCACAAGUACACUCCCAACCCCGCAGGGGGCUCCCUGUCCCUGCAGCCCAGCCCCAGCCUGCUGCGGGACCAGCGCCUGGGGGUCACAUCUGGGGACUACAGCAGCAUGGAGGGGCCCGAGCUACGGCAUGCCCCUCCGCCCUCGCCGCUCCCCCAGGCCCAGGACGAUGCCAUGUCCUGGUCCAGCCAGCAGGACACCAUGUCCUCGACAGGCUACUCCCCAGGCUCACGCAAGAGAAAGAGCAGGAACCCCUCUCUCUGCCAUGCCCCCAGCGCCUUGUCCACCGACAGCCCUGGGGACCUGCUCCCGCAGUCCCUGGCUGAGGAGCGGCCCAAGUGUGGGCCCAGCCUGGCCCCAAAGCACAUGGAGGCCAAGGCGGGUGAGGCGGACGGGGCGCAGGGUGGGGCUGAGCCCUUCUUGGCGCAGGUGCGGCUGGCCUGGGAGGCCCAGCAGGCCCACUUCCACAUGAAGCAGAGGGGCAGCUGGGACUCCCAGCAGGACGGCUCAGGCUAUGAGAGUGAUGGGGCUGUGCCGCUCCCCAUGCCCGGACCUGUGGUGCGGGCCUUCAGCGAGGAUGAGGCCUUGGCUCAGCAGGAGAGCAGCAAGCACUGGCAGAGGGGUGCCUUGGAGAGACUCGCCUUUCCCCAGAUCCUGCUCGAGAAAAGCGUCUCUGUGCAGACCAACUUGGCCUCACCAGAGCCCUACCUCCACCCCUCACAGUCUGAGGACCUUGGCUCCUGUGCCCAGUUUGAGAGCAGCCGACAGACCCGUAGUGUGAUGCCCAGCGCCAGCUGUGUGUUCCCCACAUUCACUCUACGCAAGCCGUCCUCAGAGACGGACAUCGAGAACUGGGCCUCCAAACACUUCAACAAGCACACGCAGGGCCUCUUCCGGCGGAAGGUAUCCAUCGCCAACAUGCUGGCCUGGAGCAGUGAAUCCAUCAAGAAACCCAUGAUCGUGACCAGUGACCGGCACGUCAAGAAGGAAGCCUGUGAGGUCUUCAGGCUGAUCCAGAUGUACAUGGGUGACCGGCGUGCCAAGGCUGACCCGCUACAUGUGGCCCUGGAGAUUGCCACCAAGGGCUGGAGCGUGCAGGGCCUGCGGGACGAGCUGUACAUCCAGCUGUGCCGGCAGACCACGGAGAACUUCCGCCUAGAGAGCCUGGCGCGCGGCUGGGAGCUCAUGGCCAUCUGCUUGGCCUUCUUCCCACCCACACCUAAGUUCCACUCCUACUUGGAGGGCUACAUCUACCGGCACAUGGACCCCGUCAACGACACCAAAGUGACACAGCACAUGAAGGAACUCCUGGAAAGGAAUACUAAGAAGAAGUCCAAGUUGAGAAAGAAACCCAAGCCCUAUGUUGAGGAGCCAGAUGGGGUGGCGAUAAGCACAUAUGCCAAGUACUGUUACCACAAGCUGCAGAAGGCAGCCCUGACUGGGGCCAAGAAGGGGCUGAAGAAGCCCAACGUGGAGGAGAUCCGGCAUGCCAAGAACGCUGUGUUCAGCCCAUCCAUGUUUGGCAGUGCUCUGCAAGAGGUCAUGAGCAUGCAGAAGGAGCGCUACCCUGAGCGGCAGCUGCCCUGGGUACAGACACGCCUGUCUGAGGAGGUGCUAGCACUCAACGGUGAUCAGACGGAAGGCAUCUUCAGAGUCCCUGGGGACAUUGAUGAAGUGAAUGCCCUGAAGCUACAGGUGGACCAGUGGAAGGUGCCUACUGGCCUAGAGGACCCCCACGUCCCUGGCGCCCGCCUCGCGCAGGUGUUCGUGCAGCCCGCCAACGUGGCCGUCACCAAGAUGGACGUGAGCAACCUGGCCAUGGUGAUGGCGCCCAACUGCCUGCGCUGCCGGUCGGACGACCCCCGUGUCAUCUUCGAGAACACUCGCAAAGAGAUGUCCUUCCUGCGCGUGCUCAUCCAGCACCUGGACACCAGNCCCCCACCCGGGCCCGAGCUUUUCCUGGAUGACUCCAAAAUGAAGAACUUCAUCACCUGCUUCAAAGACCCGCAGUUCCUCGUCACCUUCUUCUCCCGCCUGAGACCCAACCGCAGCGGGCGCUACGAGGCCUCCUUCCCCUUCCUUUCUCCCUGCGGCAGGGAGCGCAACUUCCUGCGCUGCGAGGAUCGGCCCGUGGUCUUUACGCACCUGCUGGCCGCGGGCCCCGGGACCCCGCGCCUCUCCUACUGCGGCGGCGGCGAGUCCCCUGUGAACAAGCCCUCAUUCCAGUAA